GGCUGCAGUGGGGUAGAAGACAGCCUGGGACCAUGGAGCUCAGUGUCCUCCUCUUCCUUGCAGUCCUCAUGGGCCUCUUGCUACUCCUGGUCAAGGGCCGCCCAAAGGCCCGUGAAGACCUCCCGCCAGGUCCCCAUCCUCUUCCGUUGUUGGGGAACCUUCUGCAAAUGGACAGAGGAGGCCUACUCAAGUCCUUCCUGAGGCUCCGACAGAAAUAUGGGGAUGUCUUCACGGUAUACCUGGGACGGAGGCCCGUGGUCAUGCUGUGUGGGAUAGAGGCCAUAAAGGAGGCCCUGGUGGACCAGGCUGAGGAAUUCUCUGGCCGGGGCAAAAUCAUCAUGAUGGAGCCAUUCUUCCAGAGAUAUGGCGUGGUCCUUGCCAAUAUGGACCGCUGGAAGACCCUCCGGCGAUUCUCUGUGGCCACCAUGAAGGACUUCGGGAUGGGAAAGCGGAGUGUAGGGGAGCGGAUUCAGGAGGAGGCUCAGUGUCUGGUGGAGGAGCUGCGGAAAUCAAAGGGAGCCCUCCUGGACCCCGCCUUCCUCUUCCAGUGCAUCACUGCCAACAUUAUCUGCUCCCUUGUCUUUGGAAAACGCUUUGACUACAAAGAUGAAGAGUUUCUGAGGCUGCUGAACCUGUUCUACCAGUCCUUAUCACUGAUCAGCUCUUCAUCUGGCCAGCUGUUUGAGCUCUUCCCUGAAUUCCUGAAGUUCUUUCCUGGCCCACAGAGGCAGGUCUUCAAAAACCUGCAGGAAAUCAGUGCCUUCAUUGGCCGCAGUGUGGAAAAGCACCGGGAAACCCUGGACCCCAGUGUCCCCCGGGACCUCAUAGAUGCCUAUCUGCUGCGCAUGGAAAAAGAGAAAUCCAACCCACACAGUGAGUUCAACCAGCAGAACCUCAUUGUCAACACGUUUUCGCUUUUUUUUGCUGGCACCGAGACGACCAGCAGCACCAUCCGCUACGGCCUCCUGCUCAUGCUCAAACACCCUGAUGUCACAGAGAGAGUCCACAAGGAGAUUGAACAGGUGAUUGGCACACAUCGCCCUCCGGCCCUUGAAGACCGGAUCAAAAUGCCAUACACGGACGCUGUCAUCCACGAGAUUCAGAGAUUCGCAGAUCUUUCCCCCCUUGGUUUGCCCCACAUGGUCACCAAAGACACCCACUUCCGAGGGUACAUCAUCCCCAAGGACACUGAAGUAUUUGCCAUCCUGAACUCUGCUCUCCGUGACCCACGUUACUUUGAAAAACCAGAUGCCUUCAACCCUGACCACUUUCUGGAUGCCAAUGGUGCACUGAAGAAGAAUGAAGCUUUUAUUCCCUUUUCCUUAGGGAAGCGCAUUUGUCCUGGUGAAGGCAUUGCCAAGGCGGAAUUGUUCCUCUUCUUCACCACCAUCCUCCAGAACUUCUCCCUGGCCAGCCCCGUGGCACCUGAGGACAUCGACCUCACACCCCAGGAGAGUGGUCUGGGCAAAAUACCCCCAAAAUACCAGAUCCGCUUCCUGCCUCGCCAAAGGGGCUGAGGGAAGGGGGUAAAAAGAUUCCAGGGUCAUUAAGUGUCUCCACCUCCA